CCUGGUUUGCUGAAGUCGCAUGUUUAAUGAAAGUCACCUUCUAUAAUGAAGGUGUUUUGAAGAGCAUUAGGUGGUGGGAAAACUCUUGCGUGGAGCCUGUAACGAAGGUAGCCAGAGGUUGGCCUCCAACAUUUGCAUCUCCAUCAUUCUUGACUAGCCUAGGAUGGACACCAACCAAGACGUCGCAGCCAUCGACAGACACAGAGCCCUCCAAAUAUGGAUUACUGAGAACCUAAAGAUGCUGCCACUGCCUGAAAGGGCUCAUGGGAAUUUCUUCGAGGAAUGCUGUUAUGUCAUCCUCCACGUCCCUCAGAGCCCAAAGGCUCCCCGGGGAGGGUCCGGCGACCUGCACUACUGGAUCGGCAAGGAGGCCAGCGCAGAGAGUCAGGGGGCUGCAGUCACCUUCCUGCAGCGUCUACGGGAGGCUCUAGGAGAUGGGACAGUGCUGCACCGAGAGUCUCAGGGCCAUGAGUCCGACUGCUUCCACAGCUAUUUCCGCCCCGGAGUCAUCUACAGGAAGGGAGGCCAAGCCUCUGCUCUCAAGCAUGUGGAGACCAACAUGUACAACGUCCAGCGACUGCUACACAUCAGGGGAAGGAAGCAUGUGUCUGCCACUGAGGUGGCCUUGUCCUGGAACAGCUUUAAUAAGGGGGGCAUCUUCCUGUUGGACCUGGGCAAGGUGCUGAUCCAAUGGAACGGACCUAAAACCUGCAUUUCUGAGAAAUCACGGGCGCUGACCCUGACUUGCAGCCUCAGGGAUAGGGAGCGUGGUGGCCGUGCCCAGAUUGGUGUGGUAGAUGAUGAGAAGAAAGCCACAGACCUCAUGCACAUCAUGGAGGCCGUGCUGGGCUGCAGGUCAGGCAGCCUGGGUGCUUCCGCGCCCAGCAGCGGUGUUAGUCAGCAGCAGAAGGCCAACGUCCGCCUCUACCAUGUCUGCGAGAAGGGAACAGACCUGGUGGUCCAGGAAUUGGCCACCCGACCACUGACCCAGGACCUCCUGCAAGAGGAAGGCUGCUAUCUCCUGGACCAGGGUGGCUUCAAGAUCUACAUGUGGCAGGGACGAAAGUCCAGCCCCCAGGACAAGAAGGCUGCAUUCAACAGGGCUGUGGGUUUCAUCCAGGCCAAAGGCUACCCAAACUACACCAAUGUGGAGGUGGUGAAUGAAGGUGCAGAGUCCACAGCCUUCCAGCAGCUGUUCCAGAUGUGGUCGGAGGAGCGAGAUGGGAAAAAACACAAAGGGAAGAAUAAGCUGAUGCAGGCAAAGCCGGACAUGGGCAAGCUGCACACCCAGCCUGAGCUAGCGGCCCAGCUCAGAAUGGUGGAUGACGGCUCUGGGAAGGUGGAGGUGUGGUGCAUCCAGGACUUACAAAGGCAGCCUGUGGACCCCAGGCACCAUGGACAGUUGUGCUCAGGAAACUGCUACCUUGCCCUCUACACCUACCAGAAACUUGGCCGUGUCCGGUACAUCUUGUACCUAUGGCAGGGCCACCAGACCACCAUAGAAGACACCAAGGCCCUGAACCUCAAUGCUGAGGAGUUGGACCUCAUGUACCAGGGAGCACUGGUGCAGGAACAUGUCACCAUGGGCAGAGAGCCCCCCCACUUCCUAGCCAUCUUCCAGGGGCAGCUGGUGGUCUUCCAGGGGUGUGCAGGCAACAGAGGAAAGGGACCGCCGACAUCCAGCCCAAGGCUGUUCCACGUGCAAGGGACCGACAGCCACAACACCAGAACCAUGGAGGUGCAAGCCCGUGCCUCCUCCCUCAUCUCCAGCGACAUCUUCUUUCUGGUCACAGCUGACGUCUGCUACCUCUGGUUUGGGAAGAGCUGCAGCGGGGACCAGCGUGAGAGGGCACGGGUGGUGGCCGCUGUCUUCCCAGGAAAUGACAUGGAAACGGUGCUGGAGGGUCAGGAGCCACCCCACUUCUGGGAAGCCCUCGGAGGCCGGGCUCCCUAUCCCAGCAACAAGAGGCUUCCAGAGGUCUCCGGCAUCCAGCCUCGACUGUUUGAGUGUUCCAGCCCCUCAGGCGGCCUGGUCCUCACGGAAGUGGUGUUCUUUGGCCAAGAGGACUUGGACAAGUAUGAUGUCAUGUUACUAGACACCUGUCAGGAGAUCUUCCUGUGGCUUGGGGAAGCUGCAGGUGGGUGGAAGGAAGCCUUGGCCUGGGGCCACGAGUACCUGAGGACUCAUCCAGCGGGAAGGAGCCUGGACACACCCAUCGCGCUGGUCAAGCAGGGCUAUGAGCCUGCCACCUUCACCGGGUGGUUUGCCAGCUGGGACCCCUACAAGUGGACGAACAACCAGUCUUAUGAGGAGGUGGUGGAGGGAAGCCUGCGACCAGGGGCCGCCAUCUCUGAGAUAACAGCAGUAAGUGCUGGGCAGUUACCCUGGCAGCCCCACAUAGUGGUCUGGGUUCACAUGGUCCAGAGGUGGAGGGGCCAGGGGUUCAGUGUGGUCUUUAGCGGAUGGCUGUCCUCCAUCUUCCAGACCACGAGUCUUCUCUCUGGACAGGAAGUACAUAACUUCCAGCUAACUCGACGGCCGAGUGAUAACAAGGCAGGUCCCUCGACCCUACCGGCCUCCAAGGGUUCCCAGGAUUGCCUGGAGAAAGAUCUGGAGCUGGGCCCCAGCGCUGAUGGCAAGGACCCCAGCAUAAGCAGAUCCACCGGCAGCUGCUGCAGCUCAGUGGCCAAUGGGAGCCUGCCCCGGGAGAGGCUGAUGCACCAGGCCGUGGAGGACCCGCCACAGGGUGUGGACCCUGCCCGCAAGGAGUUCUACCUCUCAGACUCUGACUUCCAAGACAUCUUUGGGAAAUCCAAGGAGGAGUUCUACAGCAUGGCCAAGUGGAAGCAGCAGCAAGAGAAAAAGAAGCUGGGCUUCUUCUGAGCUGGGGAACCCUGCUCGUCACCCCGAGUCUCCUCCUGGAAUACCCACCCCCCAAUAAAAGCCAGUGGUGUGUAA